GUCCUCUCUGGGCCCAGCUGCGCCUCGUCGCCCGGCAAGGAGCAGGCCGUGUGGCGUGUCUUCAGCGUGCUCUUCUGCGACCCGCUUGGCUACAAGCCGCUCAUCCUCAUCACGUCCAUAUUCGCCCUGCAGCAGCUCGUGGGCGUGUACAUCACCAUCUACUACGCCGUCACGUUUUUUCAGGAGACGCACAGCGAGCUGGACCCGUACAUCGCCACCAUCUGCAUCGGCGUGGUGCGCCUGGUGGGCUGCACCAGCACCUCCCUCAUCAUGCAGCGGGUCGGCCGCCGGCCGCUGAUGCUCCUGUCCUCUGUCGGGCAGUGCGUCGCUAUGGCCGUGUCCGGGUACGCCACCUACUGCAUCCGCCAAGAGGCCGGCUCCGUGUCCUCGUGGUGGGUCGUCAUGGGCCUGCUGGUGUACAUCGCCUUCGGCUGCCUCGGCUGGCAGAUCAUCCCCUGGUCCAUGAUGGCCGAGCUGUUCCCGCACCGGGUGCGAGGCCUGGCCCAGCCCAUCAACAGCGGCGUCGCCCACCUGCUCAUGUUCGCCAUGCUGCAGGUGUACCCCGCCCUGGACUGGCUCGUGGGCGGCUCGGCGGGCGUGCAGUUCCUGUUCGCCGCCAUCUCGGCCGCGAGCGGCGUGUUCGUGUGGGUGUUCCUGCCCGAGACGCGCGGCUGCACGCUGCAGGAGAUCGAGGACUACUUCCAGAACAACGUCUGCUUCCUAACCGAGCGGCGGAGGCGGCGCGCCGCGCGCAGGGCGGCCGCCGUGGCAGCGCUCACCGCCAAGACCCCCGCCGCCGCCGUCGGCCCCGUCUGACCGUCCCCGGCGACGUCCGCCCCUCCCGGGGGUGGCUUUCAGCGACCUGAACACGUUCAAAAUAAUGUUCCUCGUGGAUGGCGUGCCGCUUCCACGACAGACACUCCCCAAAGUGUGUGCGUAUGUGUGUGUGUGUGUGUGUGUGCGACUAUUUCGCCGUAUAUCGCGGGAAUGUCCCACACUUUUCCAAGGGGCUCUUUUCCUUGUUCUGUUAGAGUUUAUACCUCGCGUUGUGAGUGCCGCGUGAAUUUACUCUUUCCCUUUUUAAUUUGGCGAAUCUCACAUACCAGCUUAAAUAGUUUACACUAAAGAGUGACGCCAUCCCUACUCUUCCGCAUAGAGCGCGAAGAAUUUGAGUAGCGCCGGUUUCCGACCCGGUUCCUAACUGCAACGCACGUGUGCACUUGAGAGAGCGAUGUCUCCGUGAUAAGACUGCUUUACUGUUUGUGUAGAGACGUGCGAGUCUCUUGAUGUACAGUGUAAAUACAAAGUGUGUGCGGGUCGAUUUGCCGCGCGCGCGUCCCGCAUUUCGUAUGCUCAGACUGUAUACCGCAAUACUGGUGAGAGCGCGAGCAUUGUGAUUGGCAACCCGCCGGCUAGCGUGUAUUGCGGUACAGUCUAUAGCUACGAAAGUGAGGCGGGGCGAAUCGACGCCACCUAGUCGGUGUUCUAAAAUGUGAUUUAGCUUUUAUUAUA